AUGAAUAAAAGAAAAGAUGGAAGGAAGAAGUUUCAUGAGACACGACAUCCAAUAUACAAAGGAGUGAGACAAAGAAACGGAAAAUGGGUGUGUGAGCUAAGACAACCUAACAACAAAACUCGUCGUGUUUGGCUUGGAACAUUUUCUCACCCUGACAUGGCAGCUAAAGCUUAUGAUGUUGCAGCUUUAGCUUAUCAAGGUGAAGCUGCUUCCUUAAAUUUUCCUAACUCGGCUACCUCUUUGCCUCGUCUUGAUUCACAAACUUCUUCUAGGUCGAUUCAGCUUGCCGCUACGAAAGCGGCUGAAAAAUAUUUCUCGUCGUGUGAGGGCUCUGAACCAUUUUCGGUUGAGAAUGGUUCAGAGUGUUUAGCUUGUGUUUGUGAUAUUAAUGUUUGCAUGGGGGAAGAUUCUGAAAGGUUGUUUUGGGAUGAGGAGGAGGUUUUCAAUAUGCCGGGUUUGAUAAAUAGUAUGGCGGAAGGGUUGGUUAUGACACCACCAGCGUUGCAGAGAGGGUUCAAUUGGGUUGAUGAGGAAACUACCAUGGAUUUGACUCUAUGGAAAAGUUGA